UUUAUGGACUUCAGUUAGUUUUCGCAUUUGACUCUUUGCAUAAUCAUCAACAAAAGCCAGUAUGAGUAUGACAACAGCACUACGGUUUGAAUCUGGAAAUUUAGGUCAAACUUUACAAAAGUCCUUGGAAAGGGAACAUCAACGCAUUCUGAGAGAUGAACAACAAGCACAACGUGUGAAAGAUAUUAAUCUUGAUGUUGAUUCUAAUCUAAAGGCUGAAUGGGCAGAAAAUUUGGAGGAAGCCAGUAUGAAAAAAAUGUACAAAAUUAAUCUUGACAAAAUCAAGCAUGAAUUAGACUAUGGGAAAAAAUCAUUUGUUAUGGUUAGACGAGCUGCCCUACAGGAACUCCUUGAGAAGGAACAUAAGCAGUAUGAAAUGGAGUUACGUAACAUGGAAAAAGCAUUUUAUGUGAAAAGAACAUGAUGCUGUGUCAAAAUAUAUUUUAGUAUAAAAUUGGGAGAGGCUGAUUAUGAAUUUAUCAUGUUUAUUUUUCUAUUUCUUUAUUCUUUUUAUAAAUGCAAUCUGUGUAUCAAGAAAAAUAUGACAUUUAAAACGAGAA